CGAUUUCCUGGGCCUCGGUGUUCCCAACUUAAAUCUACAUCACGUCUUGUGGAAUAUCCGAAUUCAUUGUGAUUGCGGUGGCACAAGCCGAGUGGCGUGUAGUUGCGGAGAUACUGCGACGGGCAGUUAUCCGGUGCGAAUGCAUUCAUCAGUAAUCGUCUAUCUCAUAGGAUAACGUAACAUACAUUGGACCUGGAACAAGGACGGUUUCAGGAAUUCCUUGAAGAUGGGUCGACGCCCUUCUAGCAAAAGCAUUAAAUCUUUUUUUCUUUUUUCAUCCAACCCCCAGGUUGCACGGCCACCUUCACCCCGGAUUUGUGGUCUUCUUCUUAUUGGUUGUCCAUCAGUCCGUGCUAUCGGUGAGUUGGUGAACAAUACUCAGUGGCCAUGUUUAGGUUUAUUGGCUAUCGUGUUUGCGCUUUCAACUAUCAUACGGCAACUGUAUUAUAUCUUUUUUUCUGUCUUGGAACAUUCCCCAGAAAAGUGCAUUGACAUAUGUACACCAGACAAGUGCCAGUGCUUGGGUAACAAGGGCCAUGAGGGACGUCCCGGUCCCAUGGGUUCGUUUGGACCUGAAGGGCCUGUGGGAGAACCUGGCGUGCCGGGAACGCAAGGUGAAAUGGGCGAUAAAGGACAUAUAGGGAUGACAGGCAAACCUGGACCAAAAGGCAUCGCGGGGGAACUUGGACUUCCAGGUAUUCCUGGAGUACCCGGAGAGGUGGGACACCCCGGAGUUCGAGGACCACCAGGAGAUCCUGGGGAUUCUGGUUGCGUCGGGGAAACGGGUGAUUUGGGGCCAAAGGGUGAACAAGGGCUUCACGGAUCUCCGGGUUAUCCUGGCCAGCAGGGACUGAAAGGCAUGAAAGGAUUCCCAGGGGACUCCCGGCAAGGAUUACAAGGUGCCAAGGGCGAGCCCGGAAGUCCUGGAGAAGUCGGAUUGCAGGGCGACGUGGGCGAAAAAGGUGAAAUGGGUGUGACUGGAAAGCGCGGAUUUGAUGGUUCACCAGGUUCUCAAGGCAUUCCAGGGGAAGUUGGGCCUCGUGGACCCAACGGCACUUACACGUAUUAUAACGUUAUCAGGGGAGACCCCGGUCCAAAAGGCCAACCUGGCCCUCCUGGAUACAAUUGCGAGAUAUCGGAAGAAGAGCUGCUUCGCAUUCUUCAGGGCCCCACAGGUGACGUGGGCUUUACGGGACCCAAAGGAUUUCCUGGUUUACCUGGGGAGACUGGAGAUGCGGGCUAUGAAGGCACCACCGGGGUGAAGGGUGAAAAAGGACGUCCCGGCGACGAAGGUCUACCGGGUGACCCCGGAGAGGAUGGAGAUCCUGGUCCACCGGGUGAAAUGGGUGAGUCAGGAGUUGAUGGUCCACCAGGUGGGCCUGGAGGUCCUGGUGCUAAAGGAGAUCGUGGUGCCCAUGGUAGAGACGGACAACGAGGGUCCAAGGGAAAACCCGGCCCCCCAGGCAAAAUGGCCUGCCCCGCCGGUGAUACCAUCAAGGGCCAAAAGGGUGAGCCCGGUUAUCCAGGUGAAAAAGGUGAGGCUGGUGACAUCGGGCAACGUGGUAAGACGGGCGAAAAAGGCUUUCGCGGUGACGAAGGUCGACGGGGACCAGAAGGAAUACCCGGACAACAAUGUCAGCCCGGGCCCUUUGGUCCGGUAGGACGAAAGGGCGAGCCUGGUGUCCCUGGAGAACCUGGACGUCCCGGGCGGGAUGGAGAACCAGGCGUUUCCGGGGAGAGAGGAAAGCCUGGCGAUGAUGGAGUGGAAGAAAUCGGCUAUCCGGGUGCUGUUGGUGUUGAAGGCUUCCGAGGGAGAAAAGGGGAGCGCGGUGAGCCAGGUGAACCAGGUGAAAAAGGAUAUGCAGCUUCCUAUGGUAUUGGAGAAACGGGACCGAGAGGUGAGCCAGGCGAACCAGGGGAUGACGGCCAUGUGGGAACCGACGGGUAUCCUGGUCCUCCAGGACCAAAAGGGAAACCACUGGAAGUUUGUCCGCUGUGCCCGGAUGGUGAAUUCGGGGAUCGUGGAGAUCCUGGAAGAAUGGGCCCACCAGGAUGGAAGGGAACAACCGGACUGUUUGGUGAGCGGGGUGAUAGAGGUCCAGCCGGUGAAGAUGCACCUAUGGGGGCACCAGGUCCUAAAGGCAUCAAGGGGAUGAUCGGUGAAACUGGGGACUUAGGAGAGCCCGGUGAAACAGGAGAGCCGGCGGUUGUCACUCUUGACGUAAUGGAAGUGGUACCGGGUGACAAAGGAGAAGAAGGUCCUCAAGGUAGUCGAGGAGAUGUAGGUGGUAGAGGAGAGGAGGGACCGCCUGGCGAACGUGGUGACCGAGGUCGACAAGGUCCUCCGGGCGAAGCUGGUGAGCCUGGAGACAUUGGUGGUGUUGGAGACUCGGGUGAUUCAGGCCUUCCUGGCGAGCCUGGAGAAAACAUCGCCUUCUUCGUGGGUGAAACCGGAGAAAAAGGCGACACCGGACACCCAGGGUUCAAGGGGAAUAAGGGCAUAGCUGGGGAUCGCGGAAAAUGUGAACCAACUGAAUACCUUGACGUGACAGCCUUAGUCGGUGAUCGUGGUCCAAAGGGUGAACCAGGAGAAUUAGGUGAGAAAGGCCCGAGGGGGGAACGAGGCCGCAAAGGAGAGAUUGGUCAACCUGCACUGCCUGCCGAACUAGGUGACCCCGGGACACCUGGACUGCCUGGCCCAAAAGGAGAGAUGGGACCCACAGGUAUCCAGGGGUCUGAAGGAAAGGUCGGAGAACCAGCAACCUCUAUCCCCGGCGAACCCGGUGACGAGGGUCCGAGGGGUUCAGAUGGUCCGCCAGGCCCAAAAGGAGAGCACGAAGUCCCUAGUCCCAUUGUUGCAUUGUUCCAACCAGCAGGUCUUAGUACCAACCAACAUAGCCUGUUCAUGGUUUCAUUACCUCUGAUAAGAGGGGAGCGUGGUGAUUUCGGUGAACCUGGUGAAGGAGGAGUGUAUAGUAUUGGUGAAAGAGGACCACCAGGUUCUCCUGGCGAGGAAGGAGAACGUGGAGAUGUGGGAGUUGAUGGGAUUCAAGGCCCACAAGGUCCUAUAGGUCAACCGGGCACCGAUGGGGAAGAUGGGGAGAAGGGAGAACCAGGUCCGAAGGGAGAGAUGGGACCAAAGGGAUUACCGAGUGAUCGCAUGGAACCCGGAGAAAUGGGCCCAGCUGGACCGCGUGGCCCACCAGGACCUUCAGGAUCUCCGGGACUGAUGGGUGAGGAGGGAGAGUGCGUCCAACAAGGUGAACCUGGUGACAGUGGACCCGCUGGUGAACCAGGCGAGCCUGGCCCUGCCGGUGAUGAGGGAGAGACUGGCGAUGAUGGAGACCCAGGGGAAGACAUGACUGAUCCGUUUGCCGCAGGUGAUCCAGGUGAUCGUGGGGAACCUGGUGUGGAAGGUGAACCUGGCCCACCGGGACUACCGGGUGAACCGGGUGAAUUGGGUCCUCCUGGAGAAAAAGGAGAUGCCGGUCCAAUAGGUCCUGAAGGAGAUACCGGACCAGAUGGACCACCCGGUGAAACAGGCUUACCAGGUGAAGAGGGAGCACCGGGAUCAGAUGCAGAGGUAACGGAGGGACCACGAGGCGAUCCUGGUGAAGCCGGGCCGGAAGGUGAGCCUGGUGAACCUGGGGAGGUUGGGGAGCCUGGAGAGGAUGGGGAACCCGGUGAUCCGGGUGAUGCGAUUCCGGAGGUCAAAGGUGAGAGAGGACCGGACGGAAUCGAUGCUGAAAUCGGUGAGCCCGGUCCUCCUGGUGAGGCUGGACAACCUGGGGUGGACGGUGAAGAAGGUCCACCUGGACAGUCUGGAGAAAAAGGUGAUCCAGGUAGCCGAGGUGCUGCUGGUGAACCAGGGGCAACAGGACCUCCUGGACCAAGGGGGCCGAUUGGUGAAGAAGGCGAACGUGGAGACGUUGGCGAACCAGGAGAAUACGGAGAAGUGGGAGAGCCUGGUCUACCGGGUGAGGGCGUUUUGGCGGAACUAGGCAAACCAGGUCAUCAAGGUCUGCAGGGAUUUCCCGGCGAUGUUGGAGAAACCGGUGACGAAGGUGCUCCAGGUCUAGAUGGACCCGAAGGUCCCCCGGGUGAUACUGGCCCACCAGGAUUGGAAGGGCCUCAGGGUGAGCAAGGACCGGAAGGACCAGCAGGACCCGAAGGAGAACCAGGCCUAAUGGGUCCACAAGGUCAGGAUGGAGAGCAAGGGCCCAAAGGUGAACCAGGUCCGAUAGGAGAGCGCGGAAUACGGGGUGAACGUGGUGAAACUGGACCUCCAGCUGAACAGUGUUUACCUGGUCGAAAAGGUGAACGAGGACGAAUGGGUGCUGUGGGAGAGAAAGGACAACCCGGAGAACGUGGUAAUCCAGGUGUGGACGGAUCUUUGGGACCAAAAGGGCUACCCGGACCCGCGGGAAUUGGUCCAUCUGGUGAACCAGGAGACGUCGGCUUCCUUGGGGAACCCGGUUUUGAAGGUUUGCCUGGAGAGAGAGGACCCCCUGGUAUUCCAGGUGAAAUCGCCAUCGACGGUGAACCUGGUGAAAAAGGUGAACGUGGGGCAACUGGUGAGCCUGGUGAUCAAGGUCUAACAGGUCCCCCUGGAGAUUCCGGUCCAGAUGGGGCCAAGGGAGAGGUUGGACCAGAAGGUAGCAUAGGACCAGAUGGCGAGCCUGGUAUGGAUGGCGUAGAUGGUGAGAAAGGUGACGAAGGGCCACCCGGUGAACCUGGCAUCGAGGGAUUGAAAGGAGAACAGGGUGAAGUCGGGGAUCCUGGCCCAAUCGGAUUACCAGGGCAGUCCGUGCAAGGAGAGAAAGGAGAAGCUAAUCUAAUGGGUGAUCCUGGGGAACCGGGCGAAAUCGGUGAUCCUGGCCCAGAUGGAGAAGUUGGUGAAGAGGGAGAUAUUGGUGAAAAAGGGCAUAAAGGUGAACCAGGCCUAACAGAAGGCGCUAGAGGUGAGGAAGGCGAUGUUGGCGAGGAAGGAGAUAUUGGUGAGGUUGGUCCUAAAGGCUCUGUUGGUGAACCCGGCCCUCCAGGUGUGCAGGGUCCUUUAGGUGAACCUGGACAAACUAACUACACAUCUGUGCUUUUUGCACGUCAUUACCAAGCUCCGGACGUGAUGGAUCCUGAGUGCCCAGAUGGAACAAGCAAGGUCUUUACUGGCUACAGUUAUGUGAUGGGCGGUGGAGUCGAUGAUCUGGUCAGCAUGGAUUUGGGCACACCCAGUUCAUGUCUGGUUCGGUUCAGCUCACUUCCGCUUACUCAGUGCGAGCGCGAUUCAAUGUGCCAGAUAAAUAUGCGUCACGAACGUUCUUAUUGGUUAGCAACCUCUGUCCCGCGUUCGGAAAAGCCCCUUCCAGUGAAUGAGACAGCAGAUCGUAUUGCCCGUUGUGUCGUUUGUGAAGCGCCUACCCACGUGUUUGCCUUCCAUAGUCAGGCGGAUACCUUGGAGCCGUGUCCAAAUACGUGGAAGGAAUUAUGGAAUGGUGUCAGUCUGAUUCUGAUUGCUCGGCUUAUCAGUUACAUACUUAUGAAUUAUAGAUCAUUCAUACUUUUCAUUUCACUUCUGCUUCUAUCUGGUACAGUCAGGGAAACUACAGCGCAAUUCCGACGUGAUCUUAACUGUUCAGAACGAUGUGACUACAAUAUGUGUCGGUGUUUAGGCCAGCUGGGGCCUAUGGGCGAAACGGGACCCCGAGGAUUUCCCGGACCAAUAGGACCAAAAGGGUAUCCAGGAGAACCCGGGCCUCCAGGUUUCAAAGGACAGAAGGGCGAUCCAGGGAAGGACGGUCCAGACGGGCCAGUUGGUGACAGAGGUAUACCGGGAGAUUUUGGCCCUCCUGGACUUCACGGAGAACACGGCGUUGGUGGUGAACCUGGUGACAAAGGAGCUAAGGGACUUGCAGGAUGUCCGGGACAAAAGGGAGAUUCUGGAGCCCCAGGUGAUCCAGGAUUAUCUGGAGCCCCUGGGGAACGAGGUCCGCCUGGUGAUGAUGGUCCAAGAGGCGAUCCUGGUGAUCCCGGCCCUGCAGUCGUUGGACAACCAGGUUCACGAGGUGACCAAGGUUUUCCCGGACCAAAAGGUUACAAGGGGUCAGCUGGAAUUCGUGGAGACCCAGGUCCUCAAGGCCCUCCGGGACCUCGAGGUGAUGAUGGUGAUCCUGGGCCAAUGGGUGAAGUUGGAGAACCUGGUGAAUCCAUUAUUGACUCGUACACUCCAGUGAAAGGAAAACCUGGCCCACCCGGUGACCCAGGUGACCCCGGACGGAAUUGUUCAUUGGACAAGUUGGUUUCGGACACCAAGGGACUGAUUGGUCCACCUGGAGACAGAGGUUCUCCAGGACAACGGGGCCUCCCAGGACCAAGAGGAGAGAAGGGAAAUCGCGGUGAAGAUGGAACAAUCGGUGACGCUGGCCCGAAGGGCCGUGCUGGGCCUGAUGGACCACGGGGCCCCAAAGGUUACAAAGGUGAUACCGGUCUACCGGGAGUAAAGGGCACUGCAGGACGUGAUGGGCUAAUUGGUGAACGUGGUCCCCCAGGACCAAAGGGUUUAGCUGGCGAACCCGGUGCAGAUGGACUUCGUGGUGAACAAGGAGAUCCUGGUGAACCCGGAGGUUCGGAAGAAUGCACAGGUGUUCUACCCGGUCGACCAGGUCCAAGGGGUCCUCCUGGAAUUCCAGGACAGAGGGGCCCACCUGGUCCUGUAGGUGCAGAUGGUGACCGGGGUCGUAAGGGUGCUAUCGGUCCGCAAGGUCCUGUUGGUGAUCCUGGAAUGGACUGCCCAGUCGGGCCGCCGGGCAUGCCUGGAACAAAAGGAGAACAUGGUGAACCUGGCCUGCCGGGCCUCCCAGGCUACCCGGGCCCCCCUGGAGAUGAUGGAUAUCCAGGCGAUAAAGGUGAAUCUGGUCGUAGCUUACGAGGACCUCCUGGUGAUCCCGGCGACCGUGGAGCUGACGGGCCGCAAGGUCCAAAGGGUCCACAGGGUAUCAAAGGAGAACGUGGAGAACCGGGAGGCAAGGGUACUGGUCGACCGGGUCCGCCUGGUGAGAAAGGUGAAAAGGGCUUGGCUGGUUUAACUGGAAAACGCGGAAGAACUGGAAUACCUGGACCUGAAGGUGAACCUGGCGAACGAUGUCAUCCAUGCAAACCUGGCAUUCCGGGCGCAAAAGGCGAGAGGGGUGCUCCAGGUGCUCCAGGAACACCAGGAUCAAGGGGUCUCGAUGGCAUGAAGGGCGAGCGUGGUGAUCGAGGUGCGCCUGGUAAUCCAGGUCGUAUCGGACCACAAGGAUAUGAGGGUGAGCCGGGAGACAGGGGUUUACCUGGACCCAAAGGAUAUAAAGGUGAACCUGGGGAAACCAGGACGGAAUUCAGAGGUAUUGUUCGAGGUCCAAAGGGUUACCCUGGAAUGGAUGGUCCAAAAGGUAUGAAAGGUGUGAAAGGAAGUCCCGGAGAAUCUGGUGAAAAAGGUGACCGUGGUCCUGAGGGUGAGCCGGGUGAAAUCGGCCCUCAAGGUAUCCCCGGAUUGAAGGGUCAGAAAGGAAUGGAAGGCGAAAAGGGUUAUAAAGGUCAACCAGCUGAAAUCGCAUUUGGUCUUAAAGGUGAAAAAGGACGACCAGGGAUGCCGGGAAUACCCGGGGAUCCGGGCGAUCCAGGCAGACCGGGUAACUGUACUAUCAAUGUGAUUCGUCCUGGAAAUAUGACAGUUGAGAAAGGCGAGCGUGGUCCAAAGGGUGAACCGGGUAUUCGUGGAGAUAAGGGUAAGCCGGGAGAUCAAGGACCACCUGGUCAGCCCGGUGACGAUGGUAUUCGUGGUACAAAAGGAAGACCCGGCAUUCCAGGUCCACCCGGAGACAAGGGACGGCCGGGGCAACCAGGUCCGCCUGGUGAACGUGGCGAUCCAGGUGUCCCUGGUUUUCCGGGACCAAUUGGACAAAAAGGCGAAUCGGGCCCCAAAGGCUACCCUGGUGAUCGUGGGUUCGCCGGUCGAAAGGGUGAAAAAGGACUACCGGGGAAACCAGGUGAUGGCGAAAAAGGCGAUCCUGGCCCACCAGGUAGACCAGGAACUCCGGGACCUAGAGGUUUGCCGGGUGAUGCGGGGCCAGUUGGAGAUCCAGGUGACGAAGGACUGCCCGGACGACCGGGAGAGCCCGGGAUGCGUGGAGAUAUUGGACCCCAAGGAUAUCCUGGCGAUCCAGGACCGAGCGGUGGCAGUGGCAUCCAAGGACUUCCUGGAGACAGUGGUGAACCUGGAGAUAUAGGUCUACCUGGAAGACCAGGACCGCCAGGUUUCAAAGGUGAAUGUAUUGGAAUUGCAGCGAAGGGUGAGAUUGGAGACGCUGGUCCGCCAGGCUUUCCGGGACAGAAAGGACUACGGGGGCCGAAAGGUUUUAAGGGAACGCGUGGACCACCGGGAUCUUUAGGAGAGGAAGGUGCCAAAGGGGUCAAAGGUGAACAGGGAAUUCGGGGACCUGAUGGGCAACCUGGUGAACCAGGUUUACGGGGGCGUCCCGGACCGGCUGGACCUAAAGGCUACCCUGGAUCGAUUGGCCCCAAAGGAGUAACUGGUCCACCAGGUAUCUCUCGACUAUCUCUUGUUUCUAGCUGUCUCAUGAAUAUUUUUCCGACCCCCUCUUUGCGUUUGCUUGACACUUUAGUUCAAGAAAGAAAAGGCUCUGUUUUUCCUCAUAUGAUAAAUCGCCGGAGUGCCGAUUUAGUCGACCUUGUUGCCUACGCUCUAUCCGAAAAAAUGAGGAGUUUUGAUGAGCACGAUGGCACAGCGGGAUGGCCCAAGUGGUUAGAGCGCGAAUUUACUGACCGGAAAAUUCGUGGUUCGAAUGCGACCUCCGCCACUCGACUUCCCCUGUCUAGGCUUGGGCAACCUGGCAGUAUCCUAGCCCUCGUGCUUCCUUCGAGUGGCAUGGCAGCUAGGCACCGGAAGGGUGCUACAGCUGAACGCUUUCUCUCUUCUUUCUUGUCAGCUCGCAGAUAUUUUUCCUUGGUUGUAAGCCAAACUGUAGCCCGAGAACCAGGAGAAGAUGGUAUUCAAGGAGAAAAAGGUGAUCCUGGACAACCUGGUUACGCAGCUGACGGUCAGAAGGGCGAACGCGGCGACCCGGGUCCUGCUGGGGACGUUGGAGAAAAGGGCGCUGCUGGUUUUCCAGGCGAACGUGGACAAAAGGGUGAACCCGGCGAAUCUGUUGGUGCUCCGCCUGGUGAUAUUGGUGACCCUGGCGAUCAGGGAGAAAAAGGCUUACCCGGUGAGCCGGGUGAACCUGGUCGGCCCGGUCCACCGGGAGAACGCGGUCCAGCCGGCCUUCCCGGACAAAAAGGGAUCAUGGGAGACGCAGGAAUUCCAGGUGCCCCAGGUCGACCAGGAAAGCCUGGUCUUCCCGGUCCUCCAGGAGUUAUGGGACCAAAAGGCUACUCAGGGGAGAAAGGAUGGCCGGGUAUCAAAGGGGAUCCGGGUGAUCCAGGCCUACCUGUGCACGGAGUUCCUGGUGAACCAGGUGAGAAUGGAGAACGAGGACCGCCUGGUGAACGAGGAGACAAGGGAGAGCCAGGACCAAUGGGUACCCCCGGACCACAGGGUCCCAAAGGAGCCGUCGGGCCAUUCGGUGAACGUGGAGAACAAGGAGCUCCUGGAGAUGUUGGCGAACCCGGAGAUCCGGGGCCGCAAGGUUUUCCAGGUCGGAUUGGGGAGAGUGGUGAACCCGGUUAUCCUGGUAUGGCCGGUGACAUGGGACCACCGGGACCAAUGGGAAUGAAAGGUUAUGAAGGUCCCCCGGGUGAAUGUCUGCCUCCUUUGGAAAGUCAGGUCGGAGAUCCAGGUUUGCCAGGACUGCCUGGACCUCUUGGUGAGAAAGGACUCACAGGUAUUGCUGGAAAACCUGGAAAAAUCGGCCCACCCGGUCCUCCAGGUCGUGGUCUGCCGGGAGCCAAAGGCGAACGGGGAGAUAUGGGUCCAAGGGGAUUUCCAGGAGAACCAGGAGAAGAUGGUAUUCAAGGAGAAAAAGGUGAUCCUGGACAACCUGGUUACGCAGCUGACGGUCAGAAGGGCGAACGCGGCGACCCGGGUCCUGCUGGGGACGUUGGAGAAAAGGGCGCUGCUGGUUUUCCAGGCGAACGUGGACAAAAGGGUGAACCCGGCGAAUCUGUUGGUGCUCCGCCUGGUGAUAUUGGUGACCCUGGCGAUCAGGGAGAAAAAGGCUUACCCGGUGAGCCGGGUGAACCUGGUCGGCCCGGUCCACCGGGAGAACGCGGUCCAGCCGGCCUUCCCGGACAAAAAGGGAUCAUGGGAGACGCAGGAAUUCCAGGUGCCCCAGGUCGACCAGGAAAGCCUGGUCUUCCCGGUCCUCCAGGAGUUAUGGGACCAAAAGGCUACUCAGGGGAGAAAGGAUGGCCGGGUAUCAAAGGGGAUCCGGGUGAUCCAGGCCUACCUGUGCACGGAGUUCCUGGUGAACCAGGUGAGAAUGGAGAACGAGGACCGCCUGGUGAACGAGGAGACAAGGGAGAGCCAGGACCAAUGGGUACCCCCGGACCACAGGGUCCCAAAGGAGCCGUCGGGCCAUUCGGUGAACGUGGAGAACAAGGAGCUCCUGGAGAUGUUGGCGAACCCGGAGAUCCGGGGCCGCAAGGUUUUCCAGGUCGGAUUGGGGAGAGUGGUGAACCCGGUUAUCCUGGUAUGGCCGGUGACAUGGGACCACCGGGACCAAUGGGAAUGAAAGGUUAUGAAGGUCCCCCGGGUGAAUGUCUGCCUCCUUUGGAAAGUCAGGUCGGAGAUCCAGGUUUGCCAGGACUGCCUGGACCUCUUGGUGAGAAAGGACUCACAGGUAUUGCUGGAAAACCUGGAAAAAUCGGCCCACCCGGUCCUCCAGGUCGUGGUCUGCCGGGAGCCAAAGGCGAACGGGGAGAUAUGGGUCCAAGGGGAUUUCCAGGACCAAAGGGUACACAAGGAGAACCUGGAGAUCCCGGAGAUAUUGCCGUCCCUGGAGCCAAGGGUCAACCAGGACCACCAGGUCCCCCGGGAGACAAAGGUGUAAGAGGUAUGCCGGGUGAUCCAGGUCCAAUGGGUCCAGCCGGUGAAGAUGGACAAGUGGGCGAACCUGGUGACCCUGGAAGACUUGGAGAACCUGGUCCUCCUGGAUUGAAAGGUGAAAAGGGCGACCAAGGUUGGCCAGGCCCACCUGGAAUGGAAGGAGAUCGUGGCAUGAAAGGAGAAAUGGGACCAACCGGACCUGCUGGCGAGCCGGGUAAAACUGUUGUCGGCCAACCGGGAAGAAAGGGAGAACGAGGCGACAAAGGCCAACCUGGUCAAAAAGGAAGUAUCGGAUUGGCAGGCGGUCGAGGCCCAAAAGGUAUAAAAGGUGAAAUGGGAUUGCCCGGACCUCAGGGUAGAGAUCCUGGAAUGAUAGGUGAUAAAGGAGAUCCAGGCAUCAAAGGCCUUCCAGGUGAUAUUGGAGCUCGUGGUUAUCCUGGAGACCGUGGGCCUCCUGGUCCACCCGGGCUUGCUGGACGUCCAGGGCAGGCGCUGAUGUCGACGUACUUAUUCACUCGUCAUUUCCAAAACCCUGACGCGGAGCUGGUUUGUCCACCAGGCUCGAACAAGAUUGGGGAGGGGUACAGUUUCGUCAUGGCUAACGGAAAUGGCGAACGGGUGACAAUGGAUCUUGGAUCCCACAGUUCCUGUUUGAGCAUGUUCAGCAUCAUGCCAUUCUUCCAAUGCCUUCGGGAUGGUAGCUGUCAUCUGGGUGUACGGGCCGAUCGAUCUUAUUGGUUGGCCACUACCGAACCACUCCCCAUGAUGCCCUUAGAUGUGAGCGAGGUACGAAGACGGGUUGCACGAUGCGUUAUUUGUGAGGCUCCCACGCAGCCUUAUGCCUUCCAUGCCCAGGCCAAUCAGCUCCAGGAGGUCUACUGCCCGAAUGGAUGGACUGAACUUUGGAACGGUUACAGUUUUGUCAUGCACUCGGCUGGAAGCACCGGAGGCGGGCAACAAUUAUCUUCUCCUGGCAGUUGUCUCGAGUACUUCCGCUAUUCACCACUUCUUGAAUGCAACAACGGAAUGAGCUUGUGCCAUUACUGGUCCGAUGCAAAAGCCUACUACUUGCGUCACGUGUCCAAUGGGACUGAAUUCCAGCAGCCAACGGGGAAAUACAUCAGCGAACGCCAACCAGAUGACACUACUGUCCUUCGCGAGAUCAGUCGUUGUCGGGUCUGCUUGAAACGACGCUUCCAAUCGUUUUUUGUUUGACACUAUGACGGUGUUAAAAGCAAAAGAGUCCCAUUUCUCUUUUCCCUCCCUCUGGUAACAAACAUUCUAUUGGCCUAGGAAUUUCCACACACACAAAAAAAGAAUUUUGUACGGUACUGUUAAGAACAAGAUGCUUAAUGUGAAUUACUUUCUUGCUUCACAAAUACAUUCAGAUGCAAACCCUUAUUGUAGCACGAUAAAACGCAAUCCUUUUCACAGGCAACGGACCAUCGGUAGUUUAUGAUGUUUCCAAGGACCGUAUGAAUUCGAUUUUGUGACUUAUCCGGACAAGUUGGUUUACGUGAACCCUUGGCUGGACCACUUUGCGAAAAAGGGAUGUGCGCUGGUAUUCUCUUUAGCAUUUCUCCAUAAAACAGGUUCUGAUUCUCGUCUAUUUCUUUAUCUUGCAUUUCUGAUUAUCUGUCUACAUUGUGUUAAUGUGUUCGACCCUGUUCUUGUUGUGAUUUAUGUCGCCCUAAUAUGUACGUCUUCAUGGGCACUGUCAAACCUCGAAACCGCUAUAUGCUAUAACAAACAGUGUUAUCUAUCGGAAGCAUCUUUUUAUUCAUGGUUACAGUGUGAGAUAAAAUGCAAUGUACGUGUUACAAAGUCAAAAUAUUCCGC